ACACAUAUUAUUUAUCUCUCAUGGCUACCCCCAGCUGUGAUUUCAGAUUGAUUCUUGUAGCCCUUUUCCUGGUGGGGGCGUGGGCAUCUCAAGAAGUUUCCAUGUUGGAGCGCCAUGAGGAGUGGAUGGUCCGUUAUGGGCGUUCAUACAAAGAUGACGCAGAGAAGGCAAAGCGAUUCAAAAUCUUCAAAGAAAAUGUGGAGUUUAUUGAAUCAUUCAAUAAGGCUGGCAAUCUGUCUUACAAACUUGGCAUUAAUCAAUUUACUGAUUUAACAAAGGAGGAGUUUAGUGCCACCAUGUCUUGUGACAAGAAGGCAUCCCCACGCCCUAAGCCUUCAAAACCAGUUUCCUUUCAGAAUGUGAGUUUGGAUCAAUUUCCAGAACAUGUGGACUGGAGAAUUGUGGGUGCUGUGACUGGUGUCAAAUUCCAAGGAGACUGCGGUAGUUGCUGGGCGUUUUCUGUGGUGGCGGCCGUAGAAGGACUAACCAGAAUCAGAACUGGUCGAUUAUUUUCCUUAUCCGAACAGCAACUCGUCGACUGCGACGCCACAAAUUUUGGCUGCAGCGGCGGAUCAAGACCAAAUGCGUUAGAAUACAUAAAGAACACCGGCGGCCUCGUGACGACGUCGGACUACCCGUACGAGGGUGUUCAGCGUAGUUGCGACCCACAAAAGACUCGCAACCGAGUUGCCACCGUUACAGGCCUCGGAUACGUCUACCCCAAUGAAAUGUCUCUCCUUGUGGCCGUCGCAAACCAGCCUGUCUCAGCCGGACUCUUAGCAGACAUAGAAUUGAUCAUUCACUAUCAGGGCGGAGUUUUCACUGGCUAUAAUGGCACCGGCAACUGUGGCUCUAGUGGCUCCCACGCCGUGACGAUCAUUGGGUACGGGACGAGCAGUGAUGGGGUGAAGUAUUGGUUGGCGAAGAAUUCAUAUGGACCUGGUUGGGGCGAGAAUGGUUAUAUGAGGAUAGCUAGAGGGAUCAAUGAUAUAGGAGUUUGUAGCAUUAACACGGCGACUGUAAUCCCUAUUGCUUAAAAUAUAAUAACAAUUAUUGUUACAAAGUUAGUUGUUAAACUGUAACAAUUAAAAUUAAUAAAGUUUUUGGAGUAUGUUCGCCCAAAAUUUCGUCA